AAAAUGAAUAAAACAAGACGGGUACUUGGCUUGAAACAGAUGAGAUAAAAGACAAAAACCUGGAGAGAGCCUUGUCCAUUCAUGGAAGGCCUCAUCUGGGAAAAUAAUUCCAUGUGCUUAUUUUAAUGCUUUAUCAGGCGUUCCUAUCUUUGGUGAGAUUUAACUUAAGUUCCCCAGGCUUUAGAGCCUAUUAAGAUUCAAUUUGAAGUCUCGAGCUCUCCUCGGAAGUGGAAACCCAGAAAUAUUUUGGGGUCUGGGUUUCUGGGUAUCGUCAUUUUUUUGUUGUUCCUUCAUUGAUUGAUAUAUGGGUCCUUCGCUGUUCUAUGUUCUUGGCUGCUUGUCAUUUCUUCUCCUGGGUACAUGUUACAGCGCUUCUUUCCAAGGAGAAAAGAUCAAUAAAUUGCCAGGGCAGCCGGAAAAUGUGGGAUUCGCUCAGUACUCGGGCUAUGUGACCGUGAAUCGGAUAGCGGGAAGGGCAUUGUUCUAUUGGUUGAUUGAGUCGCCGGCUAGUCGGAGCCCUGAGUCGAGACCGUUGUUGUUGUGGCUCACUGGAGGUCCCGGCUGUUCUUCCGUUGCUUAUGGAGCUGCUGAAGAGAUCGGACCAUUCCGAAUUCGACCGGAUGGAAAGACCCUCUUCUUAAAUCCAUACUCUUGGAACAAUUUGGCAAAUUUGCUUUUCCUCGAAUCUCCAGCUGGUGUUGGUUUCUCAUACUCAAAUACUUCGUCUGAUUUGUAUACUGCUGGUGACCAGAGAACAGCUGAAGAUGCAUAUACAUUUCUUGUGAAUUGGUUUGAAAGGUUUCCGCAGUACAAGCACAGAGCGUUUUACAUUGCCGGAGAUAGUUAUGCAGGUCACUACGUUCCGCAGUUAUCUAAAAUCGUCUAUGAAAAAAACAAGGGGAUUAAAAAUCCAAUUAUCAACUUCAAGGGCUUCUUGGUGGGAAAUGCUGUGACUGAUGAUUACCAUGAUCUUUUUGGCACCUUUGAGUACUGGUGGACCCAUGGGUUGAUCUCUGAUUCCACCUAUCGAAUGCUACAAGUUGCUUGUGACUUAGGAUCCUCUCAACAUCCAUCAAUUGAAUGCAUGAAGGCUCUUAGUGAGGCAGAGGCGGAGCAGGGGGACAUUGAUCUAUACAGCAUCUACACGCGUCCCUGCAAUAAUACCUCAUCAACAAGGCGGACCAUACGGGGUCAUUAUCCAUGGAUGUCCAGGGCAUAUGAUCCCUGUACUGAGAGAUACUCGAAUUUGUACUUCAACCUUCCAGAAGUUCAGCAGGCACUCCAUGCAAAUGUCACCGGCAUUUCAUAUCCAUGGAAAACAUGCAGUGAUAUUGUUGGGAACUACUGGGCUGAUUCUCCACUAUCCAUGCUUCCUAUCUAUAAAGAACUAAUCGCCGCUGGUCUCAGGAUAUGGGUAUACAGUGGAGACACUGAUGCUGUUGUUCCUGUUACUGCAACUCGGUACUCCAUUAAUGCUCUGAAGCUUCCAACUGUUGUUAACUGGUACCCAUGGAAUGACGAUGGAAAGGUCGGUGGGUGGAGUCAAGUAUACCAAGGGCUGACAUUAGUGACAAUAACCGGAGCAGGACAUGAGGUUCCAGUUCUUCGCCCUCGAGAAGCCUUUAUUCUUCUCAGAUCAUUCUUGGAGAACAAGCCCAUGCCAAAGUGAAUCUGUGUGGUUUAAUUUUAUGCAUUUUACGGUGAAUAAACCGUCCUUGAUAAAUUGUCAAUAUUAUAGGGGUUGAAAAACAUUAGAAUAAGAGAUGCAUUCCUCAGUCAUGCCUGUCCAUUCUUGCUGCCCUGUGCAGCUUUCUUUUUUCCUCCUUCCCCCUUGUUUGUUUAGAGAUUGUCCACAAAAGCUAAUUGCAGAGAAUAUGGACGUUUGAAUUGAAAUGAACUAAAAAUCAUUGUAGAUUAUUGAUAUGAAA